CCCACAGUGUGCUUGGUUAGAUUUUUGGGAUGAUCCCCAGUAUACUCCGGAGUCCGGAGUAUGCUGUCAUACUAGGUACGUACUAUAAUUCAUUCCCUCGUUUAAGCUUCAGCGGUCUUUUACUCAGUACACCUUCGUUGUUUUGCUCCUCUUCCCUUCUACACACAUAUAUAUAUAUCAAAAUUGAACUACAGGAAAUCAAAGGAAGAGAAAGGGCACCAAAAAGGAAAAAAAGGUGAAAAAAGUAAAGUAAAAAUAAAGCAAAAAGGCUGUAAGAACUACUUUCAUCCUCUCCUCUCUAUAUCUUUCCUAGUCUCACUCCCUGAAGCGCCACUCUUUUUUUUUUUCAGAAAAGGAAACAAGGGGAGAAACUUUUCCUGGAAAUUACUUUUGUCUUUGUCACAUACUCAAUAUUUUUCUUUUUCAUACCGCCACUUUCCUCUCUCACCAUGUCCUCCAUAGCACCUUCGAUGCCUUACCGCCGACCAUCGCGACAGGGCUCUAGACAGGCAUCUAGAGAUAGCCGAGACGACAUUCACUUCCACAUAGACCACUACAUCGGUAUCGACGUUGGGACCGGCAGUGCCCGUGCUUGUAUCAUCGACGGCAAAGGGGAUAUUGUUGGUUUGGCAUCGGAGAAUAUUGGCCUUUGGCAGCCACAACAGGGAUACUAUGAGCAAUCUACAAAUGACAUAUGGAGGUGUAUAUGUGUUGCUGUCCAGCGCGCCAUUAGCCAGCACAACAUCGACCCGGAAACCGUACGUGGGAUUGGCUUUGAUGCAACAUGUUCGUUGUCGGUGUUCUCCAACGUUACCGACGAACCCAUAUCUGUGACGGGGCCUAAUUUCGAUUCGGAUCGUAAUGUCAUCCUUUGGCUAGAUCAUCGCCCGGUAGAGGAGACAGAAAAGGUCAACGCUACUAAUCAUAACCUGCUUCGUUACGUUGGUGGGAAAAUGUCCAUUGAAAUGGAGAUUCCCAAGGUCCUGUGGCUGAAAAAUCACAUGCCCAAAGAACUGUUCGACCAGUGCAAGUUCUAUGAUCUGGCGGAUGCACUGACCCACAUCGCUACUGGCAACGAGAAGAGAAGCUUCUGUAGCGUUGUUUGUAAGCAAGGCUACGUCCCUGUCGGGGUGGAUGGAAGUGUCAAAGGUUGGCAAGAAGAUUUUUUGGCCGAAAUAGGCCUUGGGGAACUCACUCAAGAGAACUUCAAGCGGAUGGGAGGUGUUGAUGGGAACGGUGAUUACCUCAGUGCUGGAGAACUGGCUGGAACUCUUUGUGAAAAGGCGGCUUCUGAACUGGGGUUACCCUCUGGUAUUGCUAUAGGGAGUGGAGUCAUCGACGCGUAUGCAGGUUGGGUUGGUACUGUUGGUGCUAAAGUCGACCUUGGAUCUGAACAGCUAAGCUCGAAUGCCGCGAAGAACGAUAAGACGCAAGCCUUUUCACGCCUAGCAGCCGUUGCCGGUACCUCGACCUGCCAUCUUGCAAUGUCUCCAAACCCUGUAUUUGUCCCUGGCGUUUGGGGCCCCUAUCGUGACACUAUUCAACCGGGAUAUUGGAUGGCUGAAGGCGGGCAGUCCGCGACUGGGGAGCUCCUUAAAUACGUCAUUGAGACUCACCCAGCCUUCAACCAGGCGGUCUCGAUCGCUGAAUCCUACAAUGCCAAUAUUUACGAAUACUUGAACGAACACUUGAAGGAAAUGGCUCACGAACAGCAAGCCCCAAGUGUGGCUUAUCUGGCACGUCACUUUUUCUUCUACGGCGAUCUAUGGGGUAACCGUUCUCCGAUUGCAGACUCGGGAAUGACUGGCUCCGUGAUUGGCCUAACAUGUAAUAAGUCUGUCGAUGGGCUCGCUAUCUAUUACUAUGCCACGCUCGAGUUUAUCGCUUUGCAGACGCGCCACAUCGUUGAGACCAUGAACAAGGCUGGUCAUAGCCUUACCUCUAUCUUCAUGUCGGGAUCUCAGUGUCAGAAUGAGAUCUUGGUUGGCCUCAUCGCGUCGGCCUGUGGCAUGCCUGUCCUUACCCCCCGGUACAUCCACGCUGCCGUCUGCCAUGGUGCAGCUAUGUUGGGUGCCAAGGCUGCCAGUGCUGAUGCUGACGGCAAAACAGAAGAUCUAUGGGAGAUAAUGGAUCGGAUGAGUAAGCCCGGGAAGAAAGUUGUUCCGACAGACAAUGCGACUGAGAAGGCCUUGCUUGAUGUCAAAUACAAGGUAUUCCUAGAGCAAUGUUAUAAGCAACAAGAGUAUCGGAGUCUUGUUGACAACGCUGUGAGCUCAUGGAAGACUACUUGAAGCUGGCCAACAAGUUCAACGGCCACUUGUGGUGCAUUUAUUACCUCUUCCGGUGACCUUUUUAAAAAUACUGCUUAAUCCAACUUCUCUCAAGGUACACUCAGUCCCUCCAAGUGGCUUACUGCAUUGUGGGGAUCGAUCAAUGAACAUAAAUGUGGUAUCGUUAUAGGUAUAGCUAUUUCGGGUUAUAGUUACAGCUCAAAGCGCGAUUGAAAUGAACCCUCGAGUUGCUUUCACAUAGGUAAA